CAGAACGCUGCUCAUCAUACAGCUUCCUGGGUUCAUUAGUAGUCUCAGCGUGUGGCUGGGAAGAAGCACACAAAAGAGCUGUGUGCUGCCUGAGAAUACUGUGAUUCCGCAGAGAGGAAGACACACCAAAGCACUGCAGAACAGAUUUUCAAAGUUUGACCUGAAGUUGUCUUCAAGCAGAAGUCAUCAAACUGUAUACUUCCCCCUGGACUCAACUCCUUUUUCCUGUACUUUUCAGCAUCAUAACAAAUCUAGGUUCUCAAGAAAUGAUGGUCAUGUAAGAUGAUGAACAUGGCAAGCAGGAAACGUCAGAGCACUACAAACAGUAUGUUGGAUCAGAGACCGAGAUCCUGCCCUUCUUCGCCUCGUGUCACUGACCGUGAAAAUGAAGAAUCUAUAUAUGAGGAAGCUUUGGUGCAUGAAUACAAAAAUGCACAAUUAUCCAACAACAGACAUGCAACAGAUAACCAGGAAGAACAAGACUGUAAUGAUAACAGUGGUGAUGGUGACUCCAGUUCCGACUAUGUCAAUAAUACUUCUGAUGAGGAAUAUGACGAAGGACUUCCAGAUGAAGAAGAAGGGAUCACAUAUUACAUCCGGUAUUGUCCUGAAGAUGACAGCUACCUUGAGGGAAUGGAUUGUAAUGGUGAAGAAUACCUACAUCGUGAAGAACACCCUAUAGAAACAGAUGAAUGUGUUGAAGCAGUGGAGGAUGAAUGGGCAGAAUCCAAGAUACAACAACAACAAGAUUGUAUUGAUGGAGAAGUAGGGCAAGAAAGUCAGAUGCAUAUGUUGGAGGAAGACAUGUCAUCCUCCCUAGAGGUCCAAGACCAAGAGGAAACAGCACAGUACAGUGAAAAUGAAGAGACAUAUCAUGACUACUACCCACCGGAAACUAAUGGAAAUUCACUUCCACAAUCUCCAUUUCAUACAAGAAAAGUGGACGGAGAUGUAGAAGAUCAGGAAGAAGACAUUGAUCAGAUUGUGGCUGAAAUCAAAAUGAGCAUGAGUAUGAGUAGUAUCAACAGCAUCACUGACAUGAGCCCUGAACAUAGCGGACAGGAAAAUGUGCCAAAAGAUCAUACAGAAAUAUGCCAGAAAGCAGAUGUAAGCCAUUGUGCCAGCAGGCAUGAAGGAAGACCUAAGACAUUAAAUAUCCCAUCUGCUUCAAAACAUAUCGGUGACAUACAAAAGGGCUAUAAAACAAAAGUUAGGACUCCUGAAGAAAGGCAGAAGUGGUCACAAGAACAGGUUUGUAACAGUGUAGAACAGUCAAGGAAACAGCAGCGUUCUGAUCUCAAUGGACCCACUGACAACAACAAUGUGUCCGAGCAGACAAAGAAAGCGGCGUCUUUUCCAAGUUUUGUGGAUGUUCCUGGACCCUGUGAGCCUGAAGACCUUAUUGAUGGAAUCAUCUUUGCUGCAAAUUUUCUGGGUUCUACACAGCUGUUGUCUGAACGUAAUCCUUCCAAAAACAUCAGGAUGAUGCAGGCUCAGGAAGCAGUCAGCCGUGUGAAGAGGAUGCAGAAGGCUGCUAAAAUCAAGAAAAAAGCGAACUCUGAAGGAGACUCCCAGACAUUGACAGAAGUGGAUCUUUUUAUAUCAACACAAAGAAUCAAAGUUUUAAAUGCCGAUACACAGGAAACAAUGAUGGAUCAUGCACUGCGCACAAUCUCCUACAUUGCUGACAUAGGCAAUAUUGUUGUUUUAAUGGCACGUCGCCGCAUGCCAAGAUCAGCGUCCCAGGACUGUAUAGAGACAACCCCUGGAGCUCAAGAGGGAAAGAAGCAGUAUAAAAUGAUCUGCCAUGUUUUUGAAUCUGAAGAUGCCCAGCUUAUUGCACAGUCUAUUGGCCAGGCCUUCAGUGUAGCAUAUCAGGAAUUCUUACGAGCCAAUGGGAUCAACCCUGAAGACCUCAGUCAAAAAGAAUAUAGUGAUAUCAUCAAUACUCAAGAAAUGUAUAAUGAUGAUCUCAUACACUUCUCUAAUUCUGAUAACUGCAAAGAGUUGCAUGUGGAAAAGCUGAAAGGUGAAAUUUUAGGAGUAGUCAUCGUAGAGUCCGGCUGGGGCUCUAUUCUCCCCACUGUUAUUUUGGCCAAUAUGAUGAAUGGAGGCCCUGCAGCACGCUCCGGAAAACUAAGUAUCGGUGACCAGAUUAUGUCCAUCAAUGGAACAAGUUUGGUUGGGCUUCCUCUAGCAACUUGUCAAGGCAUUAUCAAGGGCUUAAAGAAUCAAACCCAUUUGAAGCUAAACAUUGUGAGUUGUCCACCAGUCACCACAGUGCUCAUCAAAAGACCCGAUCUCAAAUACCAGCUUGGAUUUAGUGUGCAGAAUGGAAUAAUCUGCAGCCUAAUGAGAGGUGGGAUAGCUGAGAGAGGUGGCGUCAGAGUUGGACAUCGUAUCAUCGAAAUCAAUGGACAGAGUGUUGUAGCAACAGCUCAUGAAAAGAUAGUUCAAGCUCUUUCGAAUUCAGUUGGAGAGAUUCACAUGAAGACCAUGCCAGCUGCAAUGUUCAGGCUCCUUACAGGACAGGAAACACCCCUUUACAUCUAACAGGAAGCAGCCAUCGCAAUAUAUAGCAAAAUGGAUAACAGAUUCAAAAUUAAGAUCAUCAUGUCUAUAAAUCAACAGAGACUCCGGGCAUACAUUUUGUAAUAAGAAAACCUUCAUGGACAGAUGCUCGUACUGUUUAUUUUUUUCCCCUUGCUUCUUGCUUUUGCCAAAGGUUAUGCCAGUCCUAAGCAAGUUUGUCACCAACAAAGAACCGAAUCAUUUGUAAAUCACUAAAUGGGACAUUCUGAACUGCUUACUCAUCACUAUUAGGAUAUUUAUUUGUACUGUAGGGUCUUAUUGUCUGUGCUGUAUGUUGUAAUGGUGAAUGUAGAAAAA